UUGUGUGGGCAACCCAAAGAGUUAACUCAAUGCAACUGCACACACACACACACACACACACACACACACACACACACACGUAUCGAGUGCUGUCCAGCUGCCAUCAGCUUGCUCUGGUCAAGCGCGACAGGUUCUGGAAAAUGAUUUCUUUCCAUGUCCCUCCAGGCUUCCGUUCCCAAGUUUGAGAGGAUCCCCUGGCUUUGUGAGGCCAGCCUCAGGAACAAGCCCCUGGUGCUCAGCCUCCCCAAAAGAUACCCUCAUGGCCCUGCCACUUCUCUGAAUUCAUGGAGGAUGGGUGUGAAUUCGCCAAAUCCGUUUCAAGUUCCAAAUGGCUUAUCUAAGGCCAGGAGGAACCAGAGAGGCCCCAUGCUGGGCAGGAACCCGCAGCUGUGCUCCACAUGCCAGGAAGUGAAAAUGGUACAACCAAGAACAAUGAUGAUCCCAAAGGUUCUGAAACAUUCCUUUGAGAAUUGUAUGAGUCAUAGAAUGAAGUGUCUUCCGCCACCAAAAGCUCCAACUGAUCCCAGAUGUUCCCCUGAUGACAUCUCAACAGAGAGCAUUCACUACAGACUGCCCCUUCUGGGCCCCCGGGCAGGGGCCUUCCACGAGCUGUUGUCAGACUCCUACAAGGCUCUGCGGGGGAUACAGCUCUCUGCCUCGCCCAGAAAGGAGCCCACGGGCAAGACAAUGAGGCAGUGAGUGAUCGGUGCUCAACACUUUCCACUCCAGAGAGAAAACAACCUCACCAAGCCAGUCUCUCAUCAUUGCCUCCUGUCACCAAAACAGUGAGUCAAGUUUGCCUCCCUCAGAGUGGCUGGAAUCCCCUCUUGCCACCGUCUCACACACUUUUCCUAAAGACGAUGGCUUUAUUUAUACAAUUAUAAAGAUUUAUUGAUUAAAAUGGAACAUUUUGAGUGUCAUCAAUUUUAUUUUGGUAAAGAUUCUUAAUUGUGUUAUAAUAGGCAUCCUUUUCUUGUUUCUAAGACAUGAGUUUUCUGUGGAAAUUAUUUCAGCUCUUCCUUUAGGCCAGGGGGCUGGAGAUGGCUCCUGGAAGUCCCUCAGGAUUCAGCCCAUGAAGAAAAAAGGAGAUAAAUGGAGGUCGCCCUUCUGUCCUUAUCUCUGUCGGUUAACUCUGGUAGAGGACAGAGGAUAUUGUGAUUCUAUAACUGGAAUAAGGUACAUGGUCAGCUGUAAUCCUUGAGGACAGGAACUGUGACUUGUCUUGCUCUCCUCAUGACACCUUGCGUAUAUCAGAUGUUCAUCUAAUCUUUGUUCAAUCCAGUUCAAACCCAAUGCUGUGUUUUGUAGUUGCUUAUUUUGGUUUGAGGACCUGUCUCACCAGGUGUGUCCUGGCCCAUGUAUCAGCAGUGUCAGAGAGACCAAAGAAAGCUCUAGGCUUCCAAGUAUUAUAUUUAUGACCCCAAAUUCCAUGCCCAGCUUCAGGAGGGCUCAUAGAGAUCAGGCCCCUUACACUCCUUAGGAGGAAAUGGCCUUGUGAAAUGCCCAGGCUAAGUGGACCUUGGGCCAACCUGUGAGAACCAACCUCAGUGCUGACUCUAUUUGAAGAAUGGGCUUCAGGAAUCUCUAACAAAUGGCCUAAUGCUUAAAAUGACCUCAUCUCUCUCUCUCUCUCUCUCUCUCUCUCUCUCUCUUUCUCUUCC